UAAAAAAUAAAAAUAAAAAUAAAAAGAAAUAAAAAAACCAUGUUUUCUUUAUCGAUUCAUGAAAGCUCGUUGUUAUAAGAACGAGCUUCGCUGAUAUAUCACUUCUCUUUCUGCUCAUUCGUAAAUUGCUAAUUUCUUCAUUAUCAGACCUAAAGUUCAGAACCGGUUCUCAAUUUUAUUUUAUUUUCUUUUGGGGGGUUUUAUGUCAUGUAAUUGGAUUAGGGUUUUGUUCCUGAUUAUCGAUGUACAAUUUAGAGUUGGAUUUUUUUUUUUUUUAAAUUUGUUUUGUGAAUUUGUAAACCAUUGUUGAUGAACUUCUGGUUUAUUGUUGAUUGAAUUUUUCGGUUCGGGGAGGGUGGUUAUCGUAAUGGGAAAUUAGAUUAGGGUUAGGGUUUUUGAUCUUUGUUGUGACGGUGAUGGAAAUGGAGAGCUCGCGUAGGCCUUUCGACAGAUCGAGAGAACCGGGAUUAAAGAAACCCCGAUUAACUGAAGAGCCCGAGCGCGUUGCGAACCCGAACGGCCGGCCUUUCGGUAAUGAUAAUCCUGUGUCGUCGUCGUCGUCGACAAGGUUUCGGAUGAAUGAGAGAGACUCGGAGAGCAGUGAUUCGGCACGUGGGGGCUAUCACCCGCAGCCACCUCCUCAUCAGGAGCUUGUGAGCCAGUACAAGACGGCGUUGGCCGAGCUGACUUUCAAUUCCAAGCCGAUUAUUACAAAUUUGACUAUAAUCGCCGGAGAGAACGUCCAUGCCGCGAAAGCCAUUAGCGCCGCCAUAUGCUCCAACAUUCUCGAGGUUCCUAGUGAUCAAAAGCUCCCUUCACUUUAUCUUUUAGACAGUAUUGUAAAGAAUAUUGGGAGAGAGUACAUAAAAAAUUUUGCUGCAAAGCUACCUGAGGUGUUUUGCAAGGCAUAUAGGCAGGUUGACCCUUCUGUACAUUCCAGCAUGAGGCAUCUUUUUGGAACAUGGAAAGGUGUUUUUCCUCCUCAGUCACUGCAGAUGAUUGAGAAAGAACUUGGCUUUACUUCUACUGUAAAUGGUUCAUCUACUGGAGCUGCAACAUCUAGGCCUGAUUCUCAGUCAAACCGUCCCCUUCAUAGGAUUCAUGUGAAUCCCAAGUAUUUGGAAAGGCAGCCCCUUCAACAACCAAGCAAGGCAAAAGGCUUGUCAAAUGACAUAUCUGGGCCUAUGGCAAACUCUGUUGAGGAUGCAGAGAGAUUGGACAGAACAAGUAUUGGUACUGGACGUUCAUGGGUUGAUUCUUCCAUUAAAAUGCAUAAAAUGCAGCGUUCAUAUGGUGAUGCAGUAAGUGAGCGUAUUCAUGAGAAGAACAUUGGUGCUGAGUAUGGGGACUAUGACUAUAGUUCUGAUCUUUCAAGGAAUUCAGGCCUGGGAAUCGGAAGAACUGGUGGGAGGACUACCGAGCAAGGGCAGGAAAAAUCCUGGUAUGCAGGUGGUAGUAAUGUUGCAGAACCAAUAUCUGGCCAAAGAAAUGGUUUCAGUAGCAAGCAUGGGUAUCCAAAUUAUUCAGCACCUAAACCUGCAAAUGUUGCACAAAGCAUUGCAAGUAGAAGCAGCAGUGGGAUUUCUAAUAGCUGGAAGAAUUCCGAGGAAGAAGAGUUCAUGUGGGAUGAUAUGAACUCUAGAUUAACAAAUCGUGGUGUGUCUAGUAUUACCAGUAAUACAAAAAGAGAUCAUUGGACUUCUGAUGAUUCAGAGAAAUCAGGUUUUGAAGACCAUAUCCAAAAACCACAAAGUAUUCAUGAGUAUGUAACAAGAGUUGAUAGAGAAAUUUCCACUGAUUCACUGCCUAUUGAGCAGAAAGAUGUGCACCGGAUGUCACCAUGGUCAUUGCAGGAGUCACACUCAAUGGAUGGAAUGACUCGUUCAGGAACUCCUAUAGUUAAAUCAGAUCAAUCUGAUGGCUAUGCUGCAACAUUCAGUGGAUUGUCCACAAGUGGAAGUUCCUCUGUGGGCAGGAUGGUUGGUCGACCACAGUUGGCAACUUCUCAUGUUGGAGCCUCAAGCUUUGGGUUCCUGACAAAUGCUGUAUCGGGGUCUAUUGGAGCUGUAGCUCAGCAGCGAUUUCAGUCUUUGGGAGCUGGAUCACCAUCUAGACAGUCAUUGAUGAGCCAGCGUCCACCCUCACCUACAAUAAAUUUACACCAAUCCCAUUUAACAGAGCAAGAUCAUGCAAAAACCCAAUCCCUUACCCGUCCUGAUUCGAAAGUAUCUCAAUAUUCAGGACAGUUGAAUGUGGGGUUACAUAACCAAUACUCUAAGGAAUCUUUGCCUAUACGACCUACCAAUAUUCAUCUGGGUAACAGGGCAAAAUCACAGUCCCAUGAUGUACAGGUGUCCUCCUCCAAUAUUCAUCUGGGUAACAGGGCAAAAUCACAGUCCCAUGAUGUACAGAUGUCCUCCCUUUCAAUGCCCACGUUCCAAUCAAGGCAUCAUCAUCCAUUUGCAUCACAACUAGAAGUUUCUACAGAGUCUGAACCUUUGGGUCAUCAGAAGCUUCCUCAGGCACAGGUUUCUAAGUUUGGAUCUCCCUCUGCAUUGAGUAAUUCUGCAUCAGAGGCUGCAAGUGCUCUAGCCGCAGAAAGUUCAGGACAGUCAAGCACAAGUAGUUUGUUGGCUGCUGUUAUGAAGUCUGGAAUCCUCUCUAGCAAUUCAAUACCUAACCUGAAUUUUCAAAACUCAGGGCAGUUGCCAUUGCAGUCGGUUCUUCGACCCCCUCUUCCAAGUGGACCUCCUCCUACUCAGUUGACAUCCUCAGUUUCUGAGGUUGUAUCUGCAUCUUCAUUAGAUCAUACUUCUCAUGAUAAAUUGUCCACUCACUCAAAAACCUCUCAAAAGAAAGUAGGACAGCCUUCACUCCCGCCAAGUGUGCCACCUCCUCUUUUGGAUGAUGAAUCAGAAGAUGCUUCAAAUGUGGUGAAUAAUGUCUCUAAUCCAAUUUCAAACCUUCUGAGCUCUUUAGUUGCAAAGGGUUUGAUCUCAGCCUCUAAGACAGAGUCACAAACCAUUGUCGCAUCCCAGGUUCCCAGUGAACUGCAAAAUAAGAGCCCAGGAGUUGCUAGCACCAGCUCCAUGCCUGUUUCUUUAGUUUCAGAUUCCACCGUUUCUUCAAUCAUGGAUGAUGUAUCAUUUUCAGAACCUAUAGCCAAAAGUUCCAUUGCCGUGCCUCAAUCAACCAACUCGGAGAUACAGAACCUUAUAGGAUUUGAAUUUAAGCCUGAUGUAAUCCGAGAAUUUCAUCCAUCUGUGGUCAGUGAACUCUUUGAUGACUUUACACAUCGGUGUAAUGUAUGUGGUCUUCAACUUAAACUUAAAGAACGGCUUAGUAGACACUUGGAGUGGCAUGACUUGAAGAAGCCCAAAGCUAAUGGUUCGAGUAAGGCCUCAAGAAGAUGGUAUGCAGACUCAUGGGACUGGGUUGCUGGAAAAAUUGGACUUCCAUUGGGAUUCGAGUCUGCUAGAACAGUGGGCAAACCCUGCAAAACAAUGGACAAGGGUGAGCCAAUGGUUCCUGCAGAUGAAAGUCAAUGUGCUUGUGUUUUAUGCUGUGAGAUUUUUGAAGAUUUCUAUUGUCAAGAAAGAGAUGAAUGGAUGUUCAAUGGAGCAGUGCACAUGGUUAUUCCAUCUGGGGCUGGUGAAGAAGGAAGCAAAGGUGAGAUUGUUGCUAAGGGUCCUAUUGUACAUGCAAAGUGUUUAUCGGAAAGUUCACUUCAUGACUUGGGACUGGCUAGCAGUAUUAAAACGGUUUUCUCGAACACAAUUUUGUGUUUUCCACUGCUUUAACAAUCACCAGCCCAACUUCACCAUUGCUAAUGUGGGUGUACUGUUGCUUUCUUUGCUGCAUCAAUGCUAAUGAAAUUAUUAAAAUUCUAGUAUUUGCGUAUCUAUUUCUUUUAUUUUACCUGUCCCCCCUCUCGUAGAAAAUUUAAUUUCGUAUCUAACCUCCAAAGG